ACUGCUUUCAACAUCUCACUAUCAUUCCCACUCCUCCAUUUUUCUUUCUCUCUCUUCUGCUGUAAGUGCUGUUAAAUCUGCAGCGUCAAACCCCCAAAACCAGUUUCCCAAAAACUACGAAAUUUCUCACCUAAUUUUUCCUUAUAAUCUUCUUUUUUUUUUAUUUCCACAAUAAUUAUUCUUUCUAUUUUCAAUUUCCUCCUAAAAUUAUUACAGUAAAUAAUUUUGAAAUCCGAAUUUCUGUAAUUUAGAUUACCAUUUUAGGAAACCCAUUCUUCCAUCUCGAUGAUAUUCUUUCCAUUGUUAGAUUUUAAUAAUAGUUGCAGAUAAUUUAUGCCUUCAUUGAGCUGCCAUGUUUCUGAUAUUGCUUUAAUUGGAUAUUAAGAGUGCUUGCUUUGUCCAAUUAGCAUAGCAGUAUGUGGCUGUAUCGAUUUUAGUGAAAUGAAGACCUCACCGGAUUCUCAAAAUACUCCCGAAAGACUGUCGACCAACCAAGCUUCACUUGAUUUCCAAAGUGAGCAACAGAAUAACAACAAUCCAGUAGCUCCAGCCCCUGACUCAGGCUCAGCUGCUGUUUCAAGCAACGAUGGGCGCAAAGUUUCUCGAGAAGAUAUUGAGCUUGUACAAAAUCUAAUUGAACGAUGCUUACAACUGUAUAUGAAUAGAGAUGAGGUGGUUAAGACCCUCUUAAAUCGUGCAAGGAUUGAUCCUGGAUUUACUACUUUAGUAUGGCAGAAGCUGGAGGAAGAAAAUGCUGAUUUUUUUAGGGCUUAUUAUAUAAGGCUUAAAUUGAAGAAGCAGAUUGUUUUGUUCAAUCAUCUUCUCGAACAUCAAUAUCAUCUGAUGAAAUAUGCUGUACCUCCAAAAGUUCCAUUGGCUCCUAUCCAAAAUGGAAUCCAUCCUAUGCCUGUUAACAGCAUGCCUAUGGGAUACCCUGUCCUACAACCACCUCCAAUUCCAGCUCCUGGUCAGCCUCAUCUUGAUUCCAUGAACCAUGGACUAUCCAACUGCCAUGUGGUCAAUGGAGUCCCUGCACCUAGUAAUUUUCAACCCAUGAGAAUGAAUUCUGGAAAUGAUAUGGUGAUGGAAAGUGCCUCAGCUGAAGCUGCACCAGUGAUUCCGCCCAGUAGUGGCAUGUCGUCCGUGUCGGACAUGCCCAUCAGUCCAACUUCAGUGGCAUCCAGUGGUCAUUUUCCAUUCACUGCUUCUGAGUUGCCUGGAAUGGGAGUUGAUACUUCAGCACUGGAUACAGCAUUUCAGUCUGACGUGGGAAGUUCAAUUGGAUUGCAGCUUCCAUCUGAUGGAGGUGCUGGAAAUUCUAAAGAUUCCCUUCGUUCUUUGGCUCAAAUUCCCUGGAAUUUCAGUCUUUCUGAUCUAACAGCAGAUUUAUCGAACUUGGGAGAUCUUGGACCAUUGGGAAAUUAUCCUGGCUCGCCUUUUCUGCCUUCGGAUUCUGAUAUCUUACUUGAUUCACCAGAAAAUGAAGAUAUAGUGGAGGAGUUCUUUGUAGAUUCAGUCCCUGGACCAGGUCCUCAAUCCGACGAGGAGAAGCCUUGAGUUAAGUUCUGAUCCGUCCCUUCACUUUUAGAGAGCUGUGCCUUUGUUAGGGGUUUGGACCAGGAAUAAUAAUCCAAAAAUGGAAAAGAACGGCACGCAUUUCCAUCUGAGGCAUUUUGGAGAUGAUCAGAUUGCUUCCUGUAGGAUGUAGGAUCCCAUUGCCUGUUGUCAGAUGUUAACAAGAACUUAAUGAUGAUUUUUCAUUUGUUCUCUGUUGUAUCACUGUAUGCCAAUUUAAUGACUUUACUUUGAAAACUCAUCUUUUAGAUGUUGUGUUAAAUACCAAAGUCUUGAUCCAUUCUCUUCUUUUGUGUUCAGGCUUUGUAUACUGGUUUAAAUUCAGUCUUGAUGAGAACCUUAGAAACAGGUACCCUUUCCCGAUUGUUUUCCCAAUCCCGUCUUUAGCAAGAUGAAGACUAUAAUACUUUCCUAUCUUUUGGAAUA